AUGAAAUUCAGCUCACUGACUCUCCUCGCGGCGGCCGGUGUCGCGUCCACGGCCUCCAUCGUCACGUCCCAAGGCACGGGCGAUGCAUCGACCACUGCCACCACCACAACCACGACGACGACGACGGCUAUGAACAUGUCCACGCCGAGCACGACGCCAUCGUCAUCAUCUCCAUCGGGUUCCAUGGCUGGAGCCUCCGUUGGUGGUGGUGGCGGCAGCAGCGCCGGGGCUGGCGCGACCAUCACGUCCAGAGGCGGCGACGUCUUUGCCGACCUCGAGACGACCAAGCACCCGGGCGACUCGUACCACAUGCCUCCUGUCCGUGUCAUCCAAGCACGUGUCCAGAGCGAUAGCCCCAUUAACGUCAAGGGCGUGUUCGUCUCGAGCUUUGGCGACGGUGACCUCGAAGCCGGGUACUUGAGUGCUAUGGACACGGUCAACACGGCGUCCGUCGAAGGCGCGCUCAUGUACGUGCAGGCCGAAGGCAUCAACAUCAACGUCCGUGCCGAGGAAGAGCGAUGCGAGCGCAAGUCGGGCAUGGCAAACAUUGUGUUUUACGAGAUUCUGAUCGUCCAGACGAACGAGACGCUGGCGCAGUUUCAAUCUUCGUGGGGCAAGACGCCCGAGUACGGCCCGAUGCUGCCCAUGGACAGUGGGCGCUGUACGCCGCUCUCGGGCGACGACGACUUUCCUGCGGGCUGUCUCCAGUUUAAUGGAGACGAGGGCCAGCCGAACGUUGGCCCGUUCGUUGGGGCCGGCAUCAAAGACGACGACGUGCGGGCGCCGUACCCGGAGAACUACUGGUUCUCAUAUCCAGGCACGUGUCCGCUGAAAGCGUGGGGCGACAAGACGGACGAGUGCCGUGCAUCCACGCGCAAGGGACUGUGUGACUACGGAAAAGGCCCGGAUGGUGUCGAGUGCACUUUUGCCUACAACAUCUUGGGCUGGGUCACGAUCGACGACAUUGUGGGCAUCACUGCUAUUGAGAACCCCUCUACCGGCUCGCCGUACGCCAACUUUACCGAGUGGUGUUUAGCUGACACGAACAACACGGAGUUCGCUGCGGACGCCGAGACUGGCGAGUACCAGACGGGUCUGCCGUUCUGGGAGGACCCGCUCAACACGACGGCGAACGCAGCUCGCGCACAGGCGGUCAUUGCCAAGUACGAGGAGGUGCUUACGUCAGGCUCGACGCAGAUUGAGAGCACUUUGCUUGCUGCCUUCCGACCGCUGCCGACGCCGGAAGAGCUUGCGGCAAUGAACCCGCCGUGUUACAUGACGGUGGAAGCUUGCGGGUCUGGUAACGGGUGCAAGCGUGUUGGCUACUCACAGAUCUGUACGGAGUGCGAAGCGGGCGAGGGUUGCGAGACUAGCGGAGAUGGAUUCGUGUACCCUACGCUUGCGAAGGCGAAAACGGAGCUGUCCGAGGAAGAGACGACGACUAAGGUGGUAGACGGCAGCACUACUGGUGGUGCGACGGAGUCGGAGACGGACUCGACCACAUCUGGCGCUGCUGCACCGAUGGUGUUCACGGCUGCUUCCGUAGCCCUUGGUUUCGUGGCUGCUGUUCUUGCUCUGUAG